AUGCAUCGGAGACCAAAUAUAAGAGAAACUGAAGAUGAUUUAUUAUCUCAACAAGAGGAAUUUUUUAAAAGCAAUAAAAAGGAAAUACCUCCCAACUGUAAUUUAAACAAAAGUGCUAAUGAAACUUUUAAUGAACAAAACAUAAAUAUUAACAUAUUUGAAAAACAAACAUGUACCAUAUCAGAUAGAGCAAAGACUGAAAGCAAUGAAGGGUUCCCAAAAUUAUUCACAGUAGAUUUGUCUACUAAAAGAGAAAAAAACAAAAAACAAAGUUUGUUCGCUGCUGAGAUGAACAAAAGAAAAGGUAAAACUGCAAUUAUAGUUGAUAACAUAAAUGAAACAUCUGAUGAAACUUCUGGCAAUAUGUUACCUAUUUGUUCUCAAAAUUUAAAUAAAUUAAAUGAGGAAAUUAAUGAAGCUAAUCUUGAAAUAUUGAGCAAAAUGACUGAAAAAGAAAUUUUGCAAGAACAGGAAAAAUUGUUAAAUACAAUUGAUAAAAAAACAAUUGAUUUUUUAAAAAAUAAAAAGCUGAAAACCAAUCAGGAACCCUCCAAGGAUUUUAGUAUUGAUAGUACUUGUAAAAAUUUAGACAAUAAAGAUGAUAUUAAAAAAGAAGUCGAAAAACUUAUGGAUAUGAAGUGGACAAAUUUAGAUUUACUCGAACCUGAAAAGUUGGAAUGGAUUGGCGAUAUACCUGAUAAAAAAGCAUUAGAUUCAAAUCAGCCAUAUAGUGCUAGAUUUGAUUUUACAGGAGAACUUCAACCUUACACUACAACAGUUGAUGUUCGAAGUUCUCUUUACCAUCAUGGAGACGAACCAGAGCGUCCUGGUUACACUAUUCAAGAACUAUACCAGUUGUCUAGAAGUCAAAUUUUGCAACAAAGAAUUAUAGCAUUGAAUACACUUGGUAAUAUCAUAAGGAAAACAAAAUUGGGAUAUUACGAUAAAUGUUUUGAUGGACAAUUGCUCAACAAAUUGGUUGAAUCUGAUUUAUUCUUUUUAUUGAGAUUUUCUAUCGAUGACAACACUUUAAUUUCAUCUGCUGUUUAUUGUCUUUAUUAUUUAAUAUGCAAUGAACCGGAUGAAUACAGUUUAGACAAGCUCCUAGGGGUGACUAACAAAGAUAUUCAACCGAUUCUCAGUAAUGUUGUAAAUAAAAAUGAUGAUAAAGAAGAAGACAUGAAAGAUUACAUUCUCAUUAGCUGUGAUUUGAUUAAAGGAAUUCUGAGAACAGAUCUAAUUCAAAGAUUAUCAUAUAUUUUAAAUAAUUUUAAAUUAACUCGAGAAACAAUUUGUAAAAUUUUCAGUUGUUUGAUUAGAAUAGCGAGACAUUCUUUAGAAGCAUCAGAAAAAAUUUUUCAAAAUGACAACCUAAUGAAAAUGGUAUUCAAACACAUAAACUGUGAUAAACCUGUUUAUGAAGGAGUCAAACUUUUAAGGAUUUUAUCAUCCCAAUCUGAUAACAUUGUGAAAAGUCUUGUUCAAAAUUACAACGUUAAAACUCUACUAAAUUUUUUAGAACUUGAUGAAAACCAUGAUAUUUCAAAAAAAGAAUUUUAUUUACUCAAACUUGAAAUAUUAUAUUUUUACAAAACUCUUUUAAAUCAAAGGCUUUUUAUUGAUGAGUUUAAGUCUUGGUGUCCCUCCGUGAUAAGAUUAUUGUUAUUUUACGUUCAAAAAGUUGAUGUUAAUGUCGAUAACGAUUUUGAUUUUGAAUUAUUUUCAGGUAUCACAUCAUUAAUAACAAUAUGUACAAAAAGAAAUAUUUUACACGAUUCUAAUAUUUUGUCAAUGUUAGAAAUUUGUUUGGAAAAAUGGCUCACUCAAUUAAUACAAAGCAAUCAAUAUAACUUUGCCAUUUGCAAAGCCAUCGGUUCAAUAUUUAGAUUUUUUAAUUCUUAUUCAAAAAUUUUUGGAUUUGGAAGGAUAAAUGGAGAAUUUAUAAAAAAAAUCAAUUUAUGUUUAACUUUACUUUUCGAAUCUUCCGUUUUUAGGGAAAUGUGCAUCGCUUUGAGUUCAUUUUCGUACAUAUUGAAUUCUUCUCUUGUGACUCGCGAUCCCGAAAAUCUUCCUUCACUUUGUUCGGUUUAUUACGGAGGUAGAGAGUAUUUGAAAAUGGUACAAAAUCAUUCUUCUCUUCCAUUUUUAUUAAAUUUAUCCAAAUAUUUAUUAAAUUGUUUUUAUAAUUUCCCUGAUUUUUCAGAGCUCGUAAAAAAAUUAUUAAACGAUGCCAAUAUUCAAAAUUAUUUGCAGAAAAUAAGCGAAUGCAGAGAAAUUCAUUACAGCUGGUUCAUGAGAUACGAAACAAUUUUUUUGUCCGCCAUGAUGGAAUUAAUGUCUUUGGUUAAACAUGAUAAUUUUUGUUAUUUAGGUUUUCAUUUAAUUCCUCUACUGAGGGUAGAUGAAGAAAAAAGGUUUGAAAAGAUCAUUAAAAUAAUAUUAAAAUCGGAAAAAUGGAACAGGAUGAAUGACGAUGCGUUCACAAACGAUUUGAUUAACGUCUACUCCGAAUUCCUUAUUCGAAAAAAUAAAUUUUACUACAAAAACGAUUUAAUACCUAAAGAAUGGAUGUAUAAAGUUUUGAUUAAAUUACACGAAAAGGACAAUGCUGUUGCUGUUGCUAAAGUAUUAAAAUUUAUAUCGAACAUUCUAGAUGAAAUGCCGAUGGUACUUAAAAGAGUUUCUUUCACUUUACGAUAUUAUUAUUUAUGUUACGUAUUUCUAAAUGAUUCUUACGUGUUUAAUACGGAAAUACAAUUUCUGUUGGAAAAAUUAUUUGAUGACGUAAUAAAAAAUAAAAAUAAGGUAGAUUUAAAUAUGGAGAUUAAGGGAAGUAAAUCUUUUUACGAUUUAUUCACGGAAUUAAUUAUUCAAUAUGCUGGAGUAUCAUACGGUUUACCCAUAUUUGCUAAAUUUAUCAUGUUCCCUCUACAAAAUACACAAAAUGUUUCGUUUAGAAAAUUACUCUGGUUCGAGUAUUUGCACGUGCUAAGAGUGGUAACUCUUCCAUAUCCAAUGGAUAAUUUUAUCGAUAUAAAAGCCUUCCUGGAGCCUCUGGAAACGGAUGAAAGUUUACUUGUGGCUUAUUUGACUUCCAUUUCGAGCAAUGUUAUAACAAAAUUGAGAAAUCCAUUCGUUUAUUACAUAGCCGUUGGAAACGUUAAUAAAUAUUUAAAUUCUAAAAAUGAAGAUGAAAAAUUAUUAAAUUUGAUUUUUCAAGGGAAUGAAAUUAUUUUAUCAAAAGAUGAUUCAUGUGUUAAAAUUGUGAGAUUUGUGAAUUUGGCCGCAUUUACAGGAGGAAUAGCAACAAUGUUUUUAACAAUUAUUAUCAAAGAAAAAAUUAUUUGUAAAGGAUUAAACGAGAUAACACAAUUAUAUUUAAUAUAUGGUUCUAAAGUGCAUCAUGAUCAAUUUAAGUUGAAAAAAUAUUUUUUAUUAUUAACAGGAACGAUUUUUAAUUAUUUAGCUACCGUUUUUCCAUUAUUACUCAUGGCGUUAUACGCUCAAAAAACCAAAACCCCUAAAGUAAUAACUUAUGCUUAUUAUGGUUAUUCAAUGUGGUUGGAAAAUGUUUUUGUUUAUCGUUUUGUAACCCUUAUUGGUUUUGUUGGGGAUGUUUAUGCCAGCGUCACUCGAUAUCCCAUCGAUAUUAAUAUGCCUAAAUAUCAAAUUUAUAAAGAAUUAAAAAAUAACAGAUUGAGAGAAAAAAUUAUAAAAGAUUUUAUUGAUGUUAUUUUAAAUGUUUAUAAAUAUGCAUUUUUUUUUUGGGUUUGUUGGUCUUUUACCAUGGUCCUUCAAUUUGUAUUAAAAGUUAAUUGGCGUUUGAGAAUUUUCGGUUGGUGUUUUUUUAUUUCAUUAAGAAUUAUUAUUAUUAUUUAUUCUUGCACCACCAUCAAAACCGAGCUGGAAAUUUAUUCAUAUCAAUUGCUACACCUCAAACCUGAUUUUAACGCUGUCGGAUUUUUCAGUUUAGAUUAUCCAUUGUUUCAUUCGAUGGUUGCAGCUGUAGCUACUUACAUUGUUAUUUUAAUGCAAUUAAAAAGUGGUCAAAGUUUAUAA